ACAAACAUUAUAUUCAUUCAUAAAAACAGAAGAAACUCACUACUUUAUAGCUACUCCAUUCUCUCUUGCAAAAAAUUUCCACUUAAAAUUUUAUCAUUUCUAAUUCAACCUGAGUAAAAAAACUGUGUAUUAUCUCGCCAUGCCACCUUCUUCCAGCACUACCAGUGCUCGUCAAUGGCUAAGCCUCGUAGGUAUCAUAUGGCUUCAGUCCGUAAACGGAACAAACACCAACUUCCCCGCUUACUCAUCCCAGCUCAAACACCUCCUCUCCAUUUCUCAGCUACAGCUUAACAAUCUCGCUUUCGCCUCCGACGCCGGAAAGUUAUUCGGUUUCAUUUCAGGCAUUGCCUCGUUUUAUCUCCCGCUAUGGCUCGUCCUCUUGAUCGGCGCAACGCUCGGUUUGAUCGGUUACGGAGUGCAAUAUCUUUUCUUAACAAGCUAUAUCUCAUUUCUUUCAUAUCCCCAUAUUUUCUUGCUCACAGUUCUCGCCGGAAAUAGUAUUUGUUGGAUCAACACAGUCUGUUACGUAGUUACGAUCCGUAACUUUGAGUCCGAUCGUCAAGUUGCUGUGGGAUUAACCACGAGUUAUCAAGGAUUAAGUGCUAAAAUAUAUACAGUCGUCGUUAAUGCAUUAAUAUUUUUGUUCCCGCCUAAAAGUUCAGCUAAAACGUAUCUUCUUCUUAACUCUAUAUUACCUCUACUAGUAUCAGCAAUGGCCGUACCAAUAGUUAGAGAAUUCGAUAUCAUUGAAGAUCGAACAGUCAUGAAAUUUGGAUUCUUGGCGAUGUUUGUGAUAACUAUAGGAACCGGGGUUUACGCAGUUUUAAGUAGCUUGCGAGCGAGUUGGUUUUCGCCUACGGGGAAUGCUAUAGGGGUUAUGUUGUUCUUAUUAUCACCGCUUAUGAUCCCGUUCGCGGUGAGGAUCAGAGGGUGGAUCGUGGCGAAAUGGGUGAUGAACAGAGAGGCGAAGGUUUAUGAUUUUACUGCGGAGGAGAAGAUGGAGAGUAGUGUGGAGGUUGAUAAAAAGGAUGGUGAAAAAGAGGUUAAUUUUGGGGUGGUGAAGGAGGAGAUUGGAGUGAAAAUAAUGGUGAGGAGGGUUGAUUUUUGGUUGUAUUUUGGUGUGUAUUUAUGUGGGGCGACGGUUGGUUUUGUGUAUUUAAAUAAUUUGGGACAAAUUGCGGAAUCUAGAGGUUGUUUAGGGACUUCUUCUCUUGUUUCUUUGUCUUCCUCGUUUGGUUUCUUUGGUCGUCUCUUGCCUUCUCUUUUGGACUACUUUUUCUCAAGGAGGAAGCAUUUAAUUUCAAGACCAGGAUGUAUAGCAGCAUUGAUGGGACCAAUGUCACUAAGUUUCAUGCUACUUCUCAACAAAUCAAAUAUGUGUCUGUACAUGAGCACAGCAAUAAUAGGAGUAUGCACAGGAGCCAUUACUUCUAUUUCAGUAUCAACAACCACUGACUUAUUUGGCACCAAACAUUUCAGCAUAAACCAUAAUGUUUUGGUGGCUAAUAUUCCAAUAGGCUCCUUCAUAUUUGGCUCUUUGGCUGCUAUUCUUUAUCAUAAUCAAGGCAAUGGAGAUGAUGGCAAAUGCAUUGGUGCUCAAUGUUACAAAAAUACAUUCAUCAUCUGGGCUUCACUUUGUUUUUUUGGGACUUUUCUUUCUUUAAUUCUUUAUGCUCGUACUAGGAAAUUCUACUCUCAAAAAUCUUAGUUUUACAUAGAAAAAACAAUUUAUACAGAUGUUUAUAUUAAUAUAUAUAGUUCAUUAACCAUGUCAAUGACUCAAUAAUUAAGAUGUAAAAAUUAGGUAAUAUUUUUUUUAAUUGGCUGCCACCAGAUCAGUAAUGAA